GGGCAGGAGCGGCGUGACGUCAGACGGAAGCCGCGAUGGCCAUCUUCAGCGUGUAUGUGGUGAACAAGGCCGGAGGGCUCAUCUACCAGCUGGACCACUACGCGCCGAGGGCCGAGACCGAGAAGACCUUCAGCUUCCCGCUCGAGCUGGUGCUGCGCCCGCACGACGAGCAUGUCCUCGUCUCCUUCGGGCAGCGCGACGGCAUCCGCGGUGAGGGGCGGGAAGCAGCCGGCAAAGGAGCGGCCCCGGGGGCUGGGCCCUUUCGACACAGGCGGCGCCCGAGGGGGACGAGCGGAGGCCCCCCCCAUUUCGUUAACACGCGCUGUAUCCCCCCCCCCAUAAGUAUACUUUCCCCGCUCUGCCUCCCCCCCCCCAACAAUUUUUUAUUUCUCUGUAGUGGCACCCGCCCUGUGGAACGCCCUCCCACCAGAUGUCAAAGAGAAAAAUAACUACCAAACUUUUAGAAGACAUCUGAAGGCAGCCCUGUUUAGGGAAGCUUUGAAUGUUUAAUAGGUUAUUGUAUUUUAGUGUUUUGUUGGAAGCCGCCCGGAGUGGCUGGGGAAACCCAGCCAGAUGGGCGGGGUAUAAAAAAUUAUUAUUAUUAUUAUUUAUUAUUUUCUGGUGCCUCCGCUGCCUUUGUACAUUGAAGGGGAGACGGAACUCAUGACAGCUGCUCCUUGAGCUGAAAAACUUUGGUGGCAGUGCACACCUGAACCAUGUCCACUUCAUUAGGCUCCUCUGGCAAAGGGUGGCUCACAAGGGAUCAGGGAAUUGGGCUUUUUGCGGCAGGGAGAGGGAACAACUGGGUCCCACCAGUGACUCUCUCCGACCCCCUUACCAUUAGGCAGGGUACGGUGGCUGCCUCCAGCAGCUGGUUUUGGUGGCCAUUGAUAAUUUAUUAUCAAUACAGUGGUACCUCGGGUUACAUACGCUUCAGGUUACAGACUCCGCUAACCCAGAAAUAGUACCUUGGGUUAUGAACUUUGCUUCAGGAUGAGAACGGAAAUUGCACGGGGGUGGCGUGGCAGCAGCGGGAGGCCCCAUUAGCUAAAGUGGUGCUUCAGGUUAAGAACAGUUUCAGGUUAAGAACGGACCUCCAGAGUGAAUUAAAUACGCAACCAGAGAUACCACUGUACAUUUAUGCUUCUGAGGGUUUUUAGCCUCAGGUGUGACAUUUAUAGUAAAACGUUUUGACCAGCUCCCAAAGGUUUUAUUUAUUGUUUAUUUAGCACACCACCUUAAAUCCAAAGAUCUCAGGGUGGCUCAGAGAUGUUCACUGGCUAAGCUUUGCCUACCUAAUAUAGGGAUCCCAAGCUGAACCUGGUCAGACCUAACACCCACCACCCAUCUCAGGUUAUGUCACUGGCAAAUUCUGCUCCAGAAAAUGACAUUGUAUACAUUGUAUACUGGAGCUGCUCUUGCUCCUUUACUCCACUGAUUGGCAGAGCUCCCAAGGGUGAGGGAGACAGGGGAGGUACUGAUGCAGGAAGGAUUGCCAGUGCCGGGUGAGAGGGGGUAUUGAAUGGUGACUGCCUCUUCCCUUCUUUGCAGUGGGCCAUGCUGUGCUUGCCAUCAACGGCAUUGAUGUCAACGGAAGGUACACUGGUGACGGCAGGGAUGUGCUGGAGUUCCUGGGCAACCCAGCCAACUACCCAGUGUCAAUCCGCUUUGGUCGCCCCCGACUGUCAUCCAAUGAGAAGCUCAUGCUGGCCUCCAUGUUCCACUCGUGAGUCAGGGGUGGAUGAGAUGUUUGCCAGAACCCAGAAAGGGAGAGGGGUUGACUGGUUUUGAUAUAGGGAAGGCACUUCAUCAAUUGGUACAAUUUGGGGCUCUGUUUUAUGCGCAGGUUGUUUGCGAUUGGGUCCCAACUGUCUCCCGAGCAGGGGAGCUCUGGAAUUGAGAUGCUAGAGACCGACACUUUCAAGCUACACUGUUUUCAGACUCUAACAGGUAUUGCUUCUUUUAUAAUAUCUGCAUUUCUGGACCUUUAGUUAGUAUGGACAGCAGACCCCACUUGAGCAAGUAAAGUUCUGCAGCGACAUUCAGUGAGGAUGUUCCUAGAAGUGCUACUCUUUGUGGAGAGGUGGUAAAAGACAAAUGUUUAAUAACUAUUAUGUGUACUUCAUUAUAUAAAAAUCACAAGUGGUUUACAAAAAAAAAAAAAAAGUUUCUACCGCUUAACCUAAUAAUCGCCUCUCCCCAGGGAGUUGUUUAUUGUUGUUGUUGUUGUUGUUGUUGUUGUUAUUAAUCUUGUGUUCUUAUAAUUUCAUUUUGUAAUUUUAUGUUGUGAACUGCUGUUCAUUUUCAGGUGAAGAGCAUUAUACAAAUGUAAUUAUUAUUAUUAAUAAUAAGUAGUAGUAGCAGCAGCAGCUUAUAAAAAGCAACCAAAAAACUCCCAAUCAGUUAAGUUACCUAAAAACAAAAGUAUGUAUCACAAAAUAGAAUUAAAAGUGUAAGAGUCAGGAGUCCAACGAAGCUUGGGUAAACAGAUGUUUUAAGAGGCAGUUAAAUAUCAUUACUGUCUCCAUAAAUUUCCCACGGUAAGGCAUUGCAAAAGGUGGGAGCCAUCACUGAGGCCUGUUUCCGCAUUACCAAGUGGCAAUCCAGUGAUGGUGGAACGACUUGCAGGGUGUCCUUGGGAGCUUGCUAGCUAUCCUGGUCCCUAGUUGUGUAGGGCUUUAAAACCAACAAAACCUUGGUAGCUAAUAGUUAACUUUCUCUUCCUUUGCUGUUCCAUCUGCCUGGUACCUGGCAUUUGAUAUCUGCCUUUGCCUUGCAGUGUCUUUAUUGAGGAAGAAUGACAAGGAAUGAACCUUUUUGUGCAUUUUAAAAUCACUCAAGCCAGUUGUAUGUGUUGCUUUGGAUGUGGCUUGCUCUAACUCUGUUUUUCAUAUCCUCAGGGAUAAAAUUUGUGGUGCUUGCUGAUCCACGGCAGUCUGGGAUAGAUUCCCUUCUGCGCAAGAUUUAUGAGAUUUAUUCAGACUUUGCUCUGAAAAAUCCUUUCUACUCCUUGGAGAUGCCAAUCAGGUAGAGAUCAAAUGCACAUUCUCACAGUAAAACCCUCCCUUACUAAAAUUGAUUCCCCCCACCAUGUGUUUAGAAAUCAAUGUACAUGAGUAUUACAAGAGAGAAAAGCCCUCCUGGCUCCUGAACCCCUGAGUUUAUUCCCUGGGAUGCUGGCAAAUCCCAUGAACAACUGUGGAAUGUGAUCACAAUAGAUAGGUAGUGUCACAUUAGAUAGUGUAUGAGGCCUAGUAAGUCUGCAUGCUUCCAGUUUCUUACAUGCCCUCACACUGAGACAUGUUAUUGAACACUUCAUGCCUGGGGGGCAUUUUCCACAGUGCCAGUGUUGAUUCAAGAAGUUAAGCUUAUCAAGGAGAGCGAACAGAAGCAUCUUCAACAGGGCCUGGAAGCCUUCCAGCUCCCAUCAUCCCUGACUACGGGUCAUGUUUGCUGGGACUGAUGGGAGUAGUCUAACAACGUCUAGAGGGUCCCCAAGGUUGAUCUUCAGGCUGCAUUGACAUGGUAUUUCAUACCUUACUAAUGCUGAAUCACACAGUUGCACUUCGUUCAGACAUUCAUCCCAGACUGAGAAUAAAAUGGAAAAUGGGUGACUUACUGUUCUAAACCUGCUCCAGUGUGGUUAUGUUCUAGUUCUCUUGUGUUUGUUUCACCAUUUCAGAUGUGAGCUCUUUGAUCAGAACUUGAAGCUUGCGCUGGAGGUAGCAGAGAAAGCAGGGCCUUUUGGACCAGGAUUGUAGGACGGAUUUAUCCCACUUCAGUCACCCAGUGGACUAAACAACUAAAAUAUGAGUCAGACAGAUGACCAACCAUCUGUUCAUAGCCACCUUGACUGCAAUUCCAGAGCACCGAACAGGGAGUAUUGCUGUUGAGUGGAUGUGGUUGGUGCUGAAUCCUGGCUGCUGCUGAAGGAAGCUGGCUGGCAGCUUGAAAGGAAACAUGAGAGCUACACCAUUCCUUCAAGAGUGGUGCAUGUACAUAUAUGUCUGCUGCAAUGUAUUCUUUUAAUUUAUAACUGAAGCACUGUAUGUUUGCAAAUGUAAAUAAAGCAUUCCUUAAAGG